AUGACUUGUGUGUUCCACCACCUCGCACCGUUUUCCCCCCUUCCCCUGUUCCUUCCCGCCCCGCCAACCUCCCCCCUCUCUUCCUCCUCCCAGUGUGCCGGUGUUCUGUAUCCCCGGUCGCGCCUUCGCCGUGAGCAUCAUGUGGAGCAAGUCGCCCUGCUCAUCCUCUUCCCCCUUCCUCCUCCCCCCUCUCGUCCUCCCCUCUCUUUCUCUCCCUCCCAUCCCCCCACUCCCUUACUCCUCCCCCAUCUCUUCCUUCCGCCCCUCCCAGCGUACCCGUGUUCUUCAUCCCAGGGCGCACCUUCCCAUGUACCCGUGUUCUUCAUCCCGGGGCGCACCUUCCCAGUGAGCAUCAUGUGGAGCAAGUCGCCCUGUGAGGACCCAGUAGACGCGGCAGUCAAGCAGGCACUAGCCAUCCACGUCACCAUGCCACCUGGCGACAUCCUCGUAUUCAUGACCGGCCAAGAGGACAUCGAAGCCACCUGCUUCUCUCUCGCCGACCGCCUCGAGCAAAUGGCGGCCGGCGCCGCCCGCCCCCCGCCGCCCCUCUCCAUCCUCCCAAUCUACUCCCAGCUGCCGGCCGAUCUCCAAGCGAAGAUUUUCCAGAAGGCCGAGGAAGGUACCAGGAAAUGCAUCGUUGCGACGAACAUCGCCGAGACGUCGCUGACCGUUGAUGGGAUCUUGUACGUGAUCGACGGUGGAUACAGCAAGAUCAAAGUGUACAACCCCCGCAUGGGUAUGGACGCGCUACAAGUCUUCCCCAUCAGCCGAGCCGCGGCCGACCAGAGGUCCGGCCGAGCCGGACGAACAGGUCCGGGAACGUGCUACCGGCUGUACACAGAAACUGCCUACGCGAACGAGAUGCUGGCGAAUCCGGUGCCGGAGAUCCAGCGCACCAACCUCGGGAAUGUCGUGCUUCUUCUCAAAUCCCUCAACAUCGACAACCUUCUAGACUUCGACUUUCUCGACCCGCCUCCUCAGGAAAACAUUCUGAAUUCCAUGUACCAGCUUUGGAUUUUAGGAGCACUGGACAACACCGGGGCACUGACCAAGACGGGGAGGCGGAUGGUGGAGUUUCCUUUAGACCCUGCUCUGGCGAAGCUGUUGAUAUCCGGGGACCAGUUUGGGUGUGUGAACGAGACGCUGACCAUGGUGGCCAUGCUCUCGGUGCCGUCCGUUUUCUUCCGCCCCAAGGACCGCGAAGAGGAGUCCGACGCUGCCCGGGAGAAGUUUUUCGUGCCCGAGAGCGACCACCUGACCCUGCUCAACGUGUUCCAGCAGUGGAAGUCCAAUGGGUACCGGGGGGACUGGUGCUCCGACCACUACCUUCACGUGAAAGGCCUGCGAAAAGCCCGGGAGGUGCGGGCCCAGCUAGCCGAUAUCCUCAAGCAGCAGAAGAUUCCUCUCUCUAGCGCCGGUCAGGACUGGGAUGUGGUUGCAACAGAAGCAGAAGCUGAGGGAGGAGGCGAGUGCGAUGGAGAGGGAGAUGGCGGAGGCGAGGCGGAAGAGGGAGGUGGAGGAGGAGAAAAAACAAAUAUCACAAGCAGGUUGCAGCAGAAGCAGAAGCUGAGGGAGGAGGCGAGUGCGCUGGAGAGGGAAAUGGCGGAGGCAAGGCGGAAGAGGGAGGUGGAGGAGGAGAUGAGACGGAGGAGGAAGGACGAGGAGAGGACUGCCAGGGAGGCGGGGAGGAUUGUCAUGCCGGGAAUGAAGAAAGGUAAGGGGGCGGCCAAGCGUGCUGCUGGGCUCUAG